UUCUCCGUGACUGCAGCUGUCAGUCAAAGCUCUUAUGAUGACGUUUCACCCCAAUUUAACAUCACCGCGGUAGGAAUUAGAAUCAAACUUAUGGGAAAAGAGACCCCUUGAACAUCAAUCAGCGUGAUGAGAACUAUUGAAAACAAAAGAAAGAAUCUUUGGAAAAAAAUUAUCUAAGGAGAAUUAAUUUAUUUUAGUCUGACCCCAGUCCCAUCCGCUAACAUGGAGGAGGCGGGGUUUAUGACCUAUACUGCAGCCAGACACCAGGGGGCGAUAGAGACGUUUUGGCUUCAUUUUUGCUGAGCUGAGGGCUGAGGGCUGAGUUUAACGGUGCACACUCUCUGUAGUUUGUGUCUGUUUCACUGCCUCUUAAAGGGCUAAAAAGCUGAGGAUUUAGUAUCCUUGGAAUUUGCUCACAGUGUCCUCUCUGCUUCUUCUUCUUUUUUUUUGCACAGAGCAGUCUCAGAGCAGUCUCACUUCCAAGCUUCUCUUUGGUAAACUUGACAGAGCAGCUUCCUGUAACAUCUGUCUCAGAGGUUUAAGUACCAAGCCUGUUAAUAUUCCUGCAGAGUGUCUUCUACAGGUAACUGCUGUAUAAGAGGGGAAUGAAGUCUGAUGUCUUCAGUCUCAUCUUCAACAACUUCUCCAAUUCGUCCUCAUUCAUGGUAUCAUACUCACAAUUCUCACUGAUACAUUCAUCUCAGUCCUCAUCAGUAAUGGGAUCAUCUUCCUCAUCGGGCUCUCUUUUUAUUGUGGUCUAAUUUUUUUAACAGCACAAAAAUCUGGCAUUGUUACACGGGUGUGUUUACUUUUUAUAUCCAAAGCACUUAUAUAAAAAGUGCACACUGUCACUUGUUUCUUCUUUCUUGUGAGAUAUAUAUUCUUGUAAAAUACCCAGAGUUUCUACUUCAAAUUCCCUACAGUAUAAAUGUACCUUCUUUCUUUUAAAAUACCUGAAGCUACUCAGUACUUAAACGUGACUUCUGACCGUCGGGUGGUCAACAGCGUCGCAGAUCCUGAGCAGCAAUGUGACGUUUCUGUUCAUGUGUCAUGUGCUCUAAUCGUUGUUUAGUUCAGCCCUGCAAAGAAGCUUUUUCAUCAAUGCUGCGCCCCAAGCGAGCAUGCUGUUAGUUUUCUUCUAGCCGUCUUUUAUUGUCAGCUUUCGCUGAAAAGUGUUGAAUAGAAACACAAAUAAAUGUAUGUUUUACAGUCUUUACUUUUGACUUCUUUUUGCGGGGAAAGUCUCUGAGCCGAGCGACAGACAACUUCAGCAGCACCACAUUUUUGUUCUCUGAGCGCUUCAUCCAUCCAUUCAUCCACUGCGGCGAGGAUGGGGGACGCGGCGGCGGAGUGCACCAUCAAGGUGGUGUGCCGUUUCAGGCCGCUGAACAGCUCUGAGGUGGCCCGCGGAGACCAGUACAUACCCAAGUUUAAGGGGGACGACUGUGUGCUGAUGGGCAAACCAUACUACUUUGACCGUGUGUUCCAGUCCAAGACAACUCAGGAGGAGUUUUAUAAUGCCGUGGCUCAGAAGAUAGUCAAAGAUGUUUUGGAGGGAUACAACGGGACCAUCUUUGCUUAUGGGCAGACAUCUUCAGGCAAAACACACACAAUGGAGGGGAAGCUUCAUGACCCUGAAAUGAUGGGAAUCAUUCCUCGAAUUGUGCAAGACAUCUUUAACUACAUUUAUUCCAUGGAUGAGAACCUGGAGUUCCACAUCAAAGUUUCAUAUUUUGAAAUCUAUUUGGACAAAAUUAGGGACUUGUUGGAUGUGUCAAAGACCAACCUUCCUGUACAUGAGGACAAGAACAGGGUCCCAUAUGUCAAGGGCUGUACCGAGCGUUUUGUCUGCACUCCUGACGAGGUCAUGGAAGCCAUAGAUGAAGGCAAAAAUAACCGAAGCGUGGCUGUCACAAACAUGAAUGAGCACAGCUCCAGGAGUCACAGCAUCUUCCUCAUCAACAUCAAGCAGGAAAACAGUAAGACUGAACAGAAAUUAACCGGCAAGCUGUACCUCGUCGAUCUGGCUGGGAGUGAAAAAGUGGGUAAAACUGGAGCAGAGGGUACAGUGCUGGAUGAAGCCAAGAUGAUUAACAAGUCCCUGUCUGCACUGGGAAUUGUCAUCUCAGCUCUGGCAGAAGGCUCGUCCUACAUACCAUACAGAGACAGUAAGAUGACCAGAAUCUUGCAAGAUUCCCUGGGAGGAAACUGUCGGACAACUAUGGUCAUUUGCUGCUCACCUUCGGCUUACAAUGAUGCAGAGACCAGGUCUACCUUGCUUUUUGGACAGAGAGCAAAGACCAUCAAGAACCAAGUGACUAUGAAUGUGGAACUGACAGCAGAGCAGUGGAAGAGCAAAUGGGAGAAAGAGAAGGAGAAGAACAAGACACUGAGAAACACAGUCACCUGGCUUGAGAAUGAGCUGAACCGCUGGAGAAGCGGAGAGAGUGUGCCAGCGGAUGAGCAGUUUGACAAAGAAAAGGCCAAAGAAGUAGUCCAGGCCCUGGAGAGCACCCACCACAAUGACAAGACGCCACCCAAACCUGCCCUGAGCUCCCUGCCAGGAGUCAAACUCACAGAUGCAGAGAAACAGAAGUACGAGGCGGAAAUGGCCAAGCUCUACAAAGAGAUGGAUGACAAGGACGAUGAGAUCAACCAGCAGUCUCAGUUGGUGGAGACGCUGAAGCAGCAGAUGUUGGAUCAGGAGGAGCUAUUAGCAUCCUCUCGCCGUGACCACCACACGUUGCAGACGGAGCUGAACCGGCUGCUGGCGGAGAAUGAAGCCUCCAAGGAGGAAGUGAAGGAAGUGCUACAAGCCCUGGAGGAGCUGGCUGUCAACUACGACCAGAAGAGUCAGGAAGUUGAAAACAAAACCAAAGAGUUUGAGGCUCUCAGUGAGGAGCUGAACGAGAAAUCGAGCUCCUUGGCCUCCAUUGACUCAGAGCUUCAGAAAUUGAAGGAGAUGACCAACCACCAGAAAAAGAGGGUCACUGAGAUGAUGUCAUCAUUACUCAAAGACCUGGCUGAGAUAGGCAUCGCUGUGGGAAGCAAUGACAUCAAGCAACAAGAGAGCAGUGGUCUCAUUGACGAAGAGUUCACUGUGGCCCGUCUCUACAUCAGCAAGAUGAAGUCAGAGGUGAAGACCAUGGUGAAGCGCAGCAAGCUGCUGGAGAGCACACAGACCGAGACCACCCAGAAGCUGGACGAGACUGAGAGCGACCUGACUGCCUGUCAGCUCCGCAUCUCCCAGCAAGAAGCCAAAAUCAAGUCCCUGACGGAGUCCCUCCAGAAUGUGGAGCAGAAGAAAAGACAGCUGGAAGAGAAUGUGGACUCUCUCAGUGAGGAAAUAGUCAGAACCAGGGCCCAGGAGAAGGUUAAUGCCAUGGAGAAAGAGAACGAGAUCCAGUCUGCAAAUGAAGUCAAGGAAGCUGUGGAGAAGCAGAUCCAGACUCACAGAGAGGCCCAUCAUAGGCAGAUCAGCAGCCUGAGAGAUGAGCUUGACGCCAAGGAGAAGCUUAUCACUGAGCUGCAGGAUCUGAACCAGCAGAUCAUGCUGGAGCAGGAGAGGCUCAGAGUGGAGCAUGAGAAGCUCAAGGCUGCUGACCAGGAAAAGAGCCGCCAGCUGGAAGAGCUCACGGUGCAGCAGGACAGGAGGGAGCAGGCCAGACAGGACCUGAAGGGACUGGAGGAAACUGUGGCACGGGAGCUGCAGACACUUCACAACCUGAGAAGGCUCUUUGUCCAAGACUUAUCCACAAGAUUAAAAAAGAAUGCUCAGAUGGACUCAGAGAGCAGUGCUGCCCAGAAGCAAAAGAUCAGCUUCCUGGAGAACAACCUGGAGCAGCUAACCAGAGUUCACAAGCAGCUGGUACGGGACAACAAUGACCUACGCAGCGAAAUCCCAAAGAUGGAGAAGCGCCUGCGGGCCACCGCUGAACGGGUCAAAGCCCUGGAGACCGCCCUAAAGGAAGCCAAAGAGAAUGCAGCCCAUGAUCGUAAACGCUACCAACAGGAGGUGGAGCGCAUUAAGGAUGCCGCCAAGCCUAAAAACAUGGGCAGGAGAGGGUCAGCGCAGAUAGCCAAGCCUAUCAGACCUGGUCAGCUGCCAGGGGCUCCCAUAAACUUCAGUGUCAACAGGUCCAACCUCAUCCAGAACAACCACCCUACCGGCAUUAAGGGAGGAGGAGGCAAUAACAGCCCAUGAUGGUACUAAUACUCACUCAGAUACAAAACCAAAGAAGCAGACUGACAUGGACAUCCAUCAGCUGAAUCGUUGCACUAUUCUUCCAAUGUCUGACUGUGUAUUUACUGUAUAUAAGCACAGCAUAAGCUGCAAAGCUGCUCUUUUAAGCUCUGUAAGCACUCAUAACGUGUAAUAGUGUCUUGCAAAAUCCGCUUUUAUUAUGACAGGCUGGUGUGUUUCCUUUUCCCAGGCACAGAUAAUAUUUUACAUUGUGCCAACAUGCAUGUACAUACAGUAUCAGGCUACGUCCACACGUACACGGGUAUUUUUGAAAACAGAGGUUUUCCGUUUUCGUUUU